CCCCAUCUCCCCUCCUUCCCUCACCUGCUUAUUCCCCUCUACCAACUGCACUAACCCCCUUGACUCCCAGACCCACACCUGACCCUGCCACCCCGGUCAUCCUUAACCUCUAGGACCAGUUUGUCAAGCCAUAUCUUUCCCCCACAAAUCCUAUCCCACGGCACUCUGUACCCAAUGUCUCUAUUUAGUUUUACUCCAGCCACACUAGCCGUCUUAUCUGCUGGCUCUCUGCCCUCGUCAUAGAGCUAUUCUUCCCCCACUGGCUUCUCGCCAGGCCCCAUGGCUACAGGAGGUCAUGCCCCAGCGAUAGAUGUGUUGAUCAACCUACAACAGGUGAAGGUGGAGGAGGAGGAUGAGGAAGGAUCAGUGGAGGAAGAGGAGGAGAAAUGGGAGGAAGCACUGUCUGUGGAGCGCUUUGGAGACAUCAUCAGUGACUCCACUUCCACCAGCGGAGACAGGAUGGGCCGGAACUACACUGAGAAAGACUUUGAAUAUCACAGGCACACAUUUCCCCAUACGCACCACCCCUUAUCCACCCACCUGCCCCUGCCCCAACGUUUACGCAAGAGGGUGCACAGCGCGGACAGAAGGCGCAAAAAGAAACGGAAGAAAAGAAAGACCUCCCUUCCCCCCUCCGAUGAAACACCCACCAUCCACGAGGUAGACGAGGAAGAGGCCGAGUCUGAGACAGACGGACAGGGAGUGGCUGCCACGCCCACAGAGCUACCUGAUAUCCAACCACAGUUUAGUUUGGGGAGCCAAGAUGACUUGGAGGAACCCCUUCCGCUCACUGACUUCCACACGGAAAAUGAAAAACAUUCAUUGUCGAAGAAAGCCGCACCUGCUUUGAUGGAGCGGGAGACUCAUAAUGGGGGAAUCUCUGUAUUUGGACAGAAUGAUGAGGUGCAUGGAGAGCAAGCAGCUGGCCACAGUGUUCCCCCAAGUCCAGAUCCCUCAAGUUCAACCACGAGCCGCGGUUGGUUCCGUAGGAAGCCUGUGCACCAUCGUCUGGCGGGCGCCCAGCGGAGCAACUAUGACCUGAGAGAGCGGAUCUGCAUUGGCAGCAUGACUGCUAUAGAGACCGCCGUCUACCAGCAGGUGCCCACUGAUGAGGCUGAGGCCCAGAUGUUGGCCAGCGCCGAUCUGGAUGACAUGAAAAGUCACAGAUUUGAGGACAACCCCGGGGUGAGACGCCACCUGGUGAAGAAGUCCUCACGAUGUGUGAUGUCCCGAGCCAGCAACAGCUCCACACCACUGAGCAGCAUGAAGAAGAAGAAGAGAGCCUCAGAUAAGAAAAUCCAUGAGCUGUUUGUGGAGCUGAACGAGCUGAUCGUGGAGAAGGACCAUGAAAUGCGUUGGAAGGAGCGGGCCCGCUGGAUUAAGUUUGAGGAGGAUGUGGAGGAGGAGACGGACCGCUGGGGAAAACCUCAUGUGGCCUCGCUCUCUUUCCGCAGCUUGCUGGAGCUUCGCCGCACCAUCACACACGGUGCCAUCCUUCUGGAUCUCGAGCAGAACUCUCUGCCCGGCAUCGCCCAUCUGGUGGUGGAGACGAUGAUCAUCUCUGAUCAGAUCCGAGCUGAGGACAGACCCAGUGUUCUCCGGGCUCUGCUUCUCAAACACAGCCAUCCAAGUGAUAUGAAACAUCGUUUUCACCGCCACCAGUCAUCCAGCAGUCUUCAUGGCAGCUUCAAUCACAACAAUGUCCCGGACACCAAUCUGCCGCUGGUGGCUGAAGACCAGGAGGAGCACCAGGAUAACAAAGGGCCGGUAUACGACCCAAAACAAGACGUGUUUGUUAGCCUCUUUAAAUCUCUCCACCCUCUGCCUCCUGAGAGCCAUCCAGCUGCAGCCAGAUCCAUGAAACUCCUCGCCAAGAUUCCCAAAGAUGCUGAGGCUGUCAUUGUUUUAGUUGGCUGUGUUGAGUUUCUGGAGCAGCCGGCCAUGGCCUUUGUCAGGCUGAAUGAGGCAGUCCUCCUGGAGUCUGUGCUGGAGGUCCCCGUCCCUGUUCGCUUUAUUUUCGUCUUGCUCGGUCCCAGUCAGUCCAGCGUGGACUAUCAUGAGAUUGGACGCUCCUUCUCCACUCUCAUGUCUGACAAGAGUUUCCAUGAGGUGGCCUAUUUUGCUGACGAUAGACAGGACCUCCUGAACGGUAUCAAUGAAUUCUUGGACUGCAGCAUCGUAAUUCCACCCUCAGACGUGGAGGGCAAAGACCUCCUGAAGACAGUGGCUGACUUCCAGAAGCAGAUGCUGCGCAAGAGGAAGGAAAGAGAGCUCAAAAGGCACCAAUCCUCAUCUAGAUUGGAGCUGAACAACAAAGAGGUGAGUCCAGAGGAGGAGGAGGAGGAAGAUCAGGAGGUGGAUCCUUUGAAGCGCUCAGGGAUCCCUUUUGGAGGCCUGAUCCACGACAUCCGACGCCGGUACCCACACUAUGUCAGCGACUUAAAAGAUGCCGUGGACAUGCAGUGCAUCGCUGCCGUCAUCUUCAUCUACUUUGCUGCCCUGUCGCCCACUAUUACCUUUGGAGGCCUGCUGGGAGAAAAAACAGAAGGCCUGAUGGGAGUGACUGAGCUUAUUGUGUCAACUGCAACUCUUGGAGUUAUAUUCUCGCUGCUUGCUGGUCAGCCCCUCCUCAUCAUAGGCUUCUCGGGACCCUUACUGGUGUUUGAAGAAGCCUACUACAAGUUCUGUCAGAUCCACAACUUUGAGUACCUGACUGGUCGUGUGUGGAUUGGUUUCUGGCUCAUCUUCAUUGUCCUGGUGAUGGUAGCAGCAGAGGGCAGCUUCCUUGUUCGCUUCAUCUCACCCUUUACACAGGAGAUUUUUGCUUUCCUCAUUUCCCUUAUCUUCAUCUAUGAGACGUUCUCUAAGCUCUUCAAGGUGUUUAAGGAACAUCCACUGUUGGCAAUAUACCCACACGACCACACCUCAGCUCAAGAAGUCGAUGCCCACAUCUUGAACCAGCCAAACACUGCUCUUCUGUCUUUUGUCCUCAUGAUCGGCACUUUCUUUGUGGCUUUCUUCCUCCGGAAACUCCGAAAUAGUCGGUUUUUAGGUGGCAAGGCCAGAAGAAUCAUUGGUGACUUUGGCAUCCCCAUCUCAAUUUUAGUUUCAGUGUUGGUGGAUUACUCCAUUACCGACACUUUCACACAGAAACUCAAUGUGCCGUCGGGCUUCUCAGUCACGUCCCCUGACAAGAGAGGCUGGUUCAUCAGUCCCUUUGGUGACAAGCAGCCCUUCCCCGCCUGGAUGAUGGGAGCGUCUAUUGUACCUGCCAUUCUUGUCUUCAUCCUCAUUUUCAUGGAAACUCAGAUCACUUCUUUGAUUGUCAGUAAAAAGGAGCGUCGCCUGGUCAAAGGUUCGGGGUUCCACCUGGAUCUCCUGCUCAUCGUCACUCUGGGGGCCUUCUGUCCUCUCUUCGGCCUGCCGUGGCUCACCGCAGCCACUGUGCGCUCCGUCACUCAUGUCAACGCUCUCUCCGUCAUGAGCAAAGCCACGGCGCCCGGCGAAAAGCCCAUGAUCCAGGAAGUGAAAGAACAGAGGCUGACCGGGCUGUUUGUGGCUGUUCUUGUUGGUUUGUCCAUAGUGAUGACAGACGUGCUGCGCCUCAUCCCUCUGGCUGUGCUCUUUGGCAUCUUCCUGUAUAUGGGGGUCACCUCUCUGACAGGCAUCCAACUGUAUGAACGCAUCACACUUAUGGUCACGCCCGCCAAGCAUCACCCCGACCACAUCUACGUCACCAAGGUGAAGACAUGGCGUAUGAACAUGUUCACCAUCAUCCAGCUGGCGUGCAUCGUGGCUCUGUGGGUAGUGAAGUCUACCGAGGCCUCCCUGGCGUUCCCCUUCGUCCUCAUCAUGACUGUGCCGCUGCGCCGCCUCAUCCUCUCCAGGAUCUUCGAGGAACGUGAGCUCCAGGCGCUGGAUUGUGACGAGGAUUCUCCCAACUUCGAUGAAGAUGGACGAGAUGAGUACAACGAGAUCCACAUGCUUGUAUAAAUAUAAUAUUGGACCCAACCAGUAGGAAUUCCUCCGCCCUCCAGCUCCGACCAAUCGAAGCAAGCCUCUUUGGAAACCUAAGUAUAUCUGAGUAGUGGUGACAGAGCAAGAGGAGCUACCACAAUGGUGUUUGUAAAAUAUCCAAAAGCUAAAACUGGAUAAUCACUUCUUCUUACCUUUUUGUUUAUUCCAGUUUUUUAAAAGAGCACACUUCUCUGUGGUGGUGGCCAGAAGAUAGCUCUGAGCGCCCUACCUGAAGUGGACAGUGCAAAUCCAGCAAAAAAACAUGAACACUUUAUUCAACGUUUUAUCCUCUCUAUCCCUUUAAGUAAUCUGGGCAUAAGUGCAAUGAUGAUGGUGACCUACUACAGCGGGCUGGGUACUUAUUUUUGUCCUGAAAGCGGGAAAUAGGGGUUUAUUUGCUUUCAUUUGAGGAAGCGGAUUUUCAUCAAAAUGUAUAAUCGUUCUGGUGAAUUGACCCUAAAUCCCAAAACCCUGAAUACCACUGCCUGUGUAGUUUAGCUGCCUUGUUUUCCUUUCUAUUACUGCCAUUGGCUAUAGGUUGCAAUGAUGUGCAAACAAGGAGUUAAGUAGUCCUUUUCCUUUCUGUACAGACCUUUAGUAAUGAGCACUUUGACUGGGCAAAAGUUCACGUUUGUCGCUGCCAACCGAGCUCCCUGGCACGACGCCUCCUCUCUAAAUGUAGUCUCCCCAUGAAGCCAAAAUCUCUACAGAGACUGUGCAAGCCUCUUUAAAGGGUGUUACUGUACAUAGUUAGGUGUUUAAUGCCCAACAUGCCAGUCCUCUGACCCCAUAAUGGUGACCUUGGAUGUAUAAGUAAAUAGCUAACAUGGUCUCAUGGUCUUAUUUUUCUACUGUGUUGUAUCUAAUUAUUUAUUUUGUGACCUUUGGGAUUAAUGCCAGAUUCUUAGAGAGGUUCAGCCUCCAAAUAACUCAAACUGCUGUUAGAAUGAAAUAAAAAGAACAUUGUGUAGGUUGACACAUUCAGCCAUUAUUCAUACGUUCUUUCAUCUUGUCUGCAAUAUUUCCACGGCAUGGUGCAUUUUUCAGAGAUGUCAUGAAUAAUAUAAAAACACACUUGACUGGAAAAGCAUAGGAACUAAGCAAACACACAAGCACUGAAAACGGCGGGGAACAGUUGAGUGUUGGCAGGAUGUAUGAAUGAUGCAUUGUACAGUAAGACUGUGAGCUUGGAACUAAAAUGUACCAUCUGUGUUCAGAGCUGUUUUGAAAUACCCAGAGAUUGAGUUUUCACUUACUAUAUUGCAAGCCCACUGUAGAAAUGUAAUAAUCACUCAGUCAUGACACCUGUAAUCAGAAAUCUUACUUCUGCCACACAGAAACGUCUGUUGUUUGAGCGACUGUACAUAGAAAUUACACACAUUUUCAUAAGAGACCUAAUCAUUCUGUAGCAAGUUGUGCACAGACUUGUGGUACGCUCUUAUUUAGGAAGAUGUGAUUUUACAAAAAGGCCAGUGACAAAAUGUCCACACAAAAUACUUCAGUUUGCAGCAUUAUAUGAAUGUUGUAGUAGAGAGGACAUUUUCUUGACUAUUUAUCUAAAAGGUGCUAGUAGGAUGAACCAAUUUAAAAUAGAAGAAGGCUUCUGCUCACUGCUCCCAAGUUCAAUAUUUUAUCUAUAACAAUGACAUGUUAGUGCAGAGUAAAUAUUAUGCAGAAUUGCCUUCUACCUUCUAUCCUUACACUUAUUGUUUCUGCGUGUUCACCUCUACACUGUAUCUGCUGCAAUGGAUAAAGACAUUUAAAGUGGAAUUAUCCAAGAGACAUGUGUGGCAGCUGAAGAGGCGUAAUAACUAUUAAAUAUGACAAUAGAAAAAAGAUAUGUUAUAAUAAUGAUAACUGCUGCAGUCCUUAAAAGUGAAGCACUGAUAAUGACAUUCUAAAAGUUCAUUACAAAAACUGUCAGUAGUGUAGUAUAGUUUUUGUAAGCUAGCCACAAAACCAUGUCCUACAUUACGGGCCAUGCAAGAAUUCUGUCUCAGGGGAAACUGACCUUUGACCUGUAAAUAUCUCUUCCCAGCCUGUAGUUUGUUGUCUCUUGUGUGUACAUAAAGCAGCCAAGGCAAUCCAAAACCUGCAAUGUAAAAAUAUAUAGCUGACAGUCCAGGCUUUUGUGUUAUACAAUGAAGAAAAGGAGGUCGAGUGAAGAGAAUAAUGUGUUUACUCCAGUGAAGUGACUGUAAAUGAAUCCUCCGUUAGGCCAACACUUGAAGCUCCACUUUGAUGGGAAGCAUACACCUGAUGUAGUAUAUUUAAUGAUGCAGCUCCCCUAGUUAAUGACUUACUGAAUGCGCUUCACAUUAGGACUCUAUAGCAGUUUCAUUUAAAAUAUUCUCAACCUUUUCAAACAUGUGUUUAUGUUUCAGCGUUUACAAAGACUGGGAAGGCAAACUAAGAGUAAAGUCACUGAUAAGUUAUCUCCAUUAUUCUUGGCCCCUCUAUGUUCCUGCUGUUAUUGAAUGUAAAUGUUUGGCUGCCUGUAUUUUCAGACACAUGAUUUAGCAAAGCUGACUCCAAUUUAUGGAGUUCCAUUAAUGACAAAGCUAUUGAGCGACCACUAAGUAUAAUAGUAUAAUAGAUGUUACUUUCAGAAAUACUGAGGUUUAGCUGACCAGAUAAUUUAAAAAAAUAUACAUAUAUAUAUAUUGUAAUAAUAUGGAUAUUUAUAUUUAAUUUAACAUCAACAGUUUUAUUGUAACUUAUUCUGUUAUGGUUUUAUUAAUAUAAAACAAUUCUAUGUCACUGAGAUUCAUGUACAUGAUUGUGUUCACAAUAAACGUGAUGCCUAGCAUCAAUCGGGCAUUUUUUGACAUUGAAAAGAACGAUGUCUAAAGAAAUAUUGUUUUCAGCCUUUCAAACCACAUGUGGCUCUAAAUUGAAUGAUGAAAUGCAACUGCAAUUCAGGUGCCCUAAUUCUUAGAUCAAAAGAAAUGGAAGACUUGGCCUCUGUGUAUAGUAGCUACAGCCCUGUCAGCAAGCAGGAAGGCAAGGCAGUCAUAUGCUUUGUAAUUUGGCACUUUAUAUUCCUUUCACGUAAACUCCAGCUGUAAGCAGAUUUUCAGACACUCUUGUGAAACUUGUGUUGAGAUGAUGAAUCGGUUCAUGCUUCAGCCUUUUUGAAGCUUGAAUUAGUUUUGUGCUUGAUAAAUAGUUUUGUCAAUAAUUAACUUCCAUACACAACCAGCACAGGUUUAUAUUCACACAGAACGUACGAGGUCAAUGCUCUGAGAAACAAAGGUGAGAUGGACACCAGCUGUGUCACAAAGAGAUUUGACCUGAUGAUUAAACUGGGAACAAAACACCUUUUCAAACUAAAUUACAGUCGUUGUGCAGCCGGAUAUGUUGUCUUAACAAAUACUCAAUUAGCUUGUUAAAAUCUGACGUGACUUUUGACCAAUAGUUUUUUGGCCCAAGUAGUUCCAGUGGAACAAAAGAUAUGUUGUGCUGGUUGAUCCCCAGUGGUAAGAGUCACAAGGCUCAAUGUUUAUUGUUGUCUGACAAUACAAGUCUGCUAGACUGCUCAACACAUCCACAUGCUCUUGUUAUGGCAAGAACUGGUGUGUCUGUGUGGAGCUGCGCAGGCCAGAGCCAGUCAGCAUACACUUCCUUUCAGUGUUUACACAAGAGAAAAAGUGGACUUGUGGGUAUUAUUUAAGAUAAUAAAAGGUGCGGUGCUGCCACUCUGUCCUGUCUGGGCGCGAGUUGUUGAAACAUGCACAAUGAAAAGAAAAAACUUUUUUUUGACCCUUUAAAAAGUCCUGCCAUGUCUAUGUUCUGAGUUCCCCACAUGUAGUCGUCUUGUACCACCAUGGUAGCAGGGCAGACCACCCACCCAAAUCUAAGACUUGGCUCUGUUAUUUUUGAACCUCUUUUAAUUCAACAUCAUUGGUUUGUGUAAAGACGUCUGGUGAUCUUGGAGUUUGAGCAUAUGGAAUAGUGUGGGAACUGUACAUCUGAUAUGUGUGAAACUAGAACCAUCCAAUGAAGGCUGUUCAUGCACAUAUAAGAGCACAGAAUUAUAGUAUCGUUUGGAUACUAUAGGAAUGCCAUUUAUUUUUCUUUAAUUGCACUGCCGAAGGAUUAGUUCCUCAGCAGGAUUAGUUUCCUAAUUUUGGUCUUCAUUUUCACAUUCUGUCCAUCUUGUAGGUUGUAAAUUAAAUACUAAUCCUUUGUGGAUACUCUAUUUAUUUUUAUUCAGUGAAAUAUUCUCUUUCACAGGAAAGCUUUUAUUUCAGUGUUGUGACAGGUAUGUUCAUUAGGAACAACUUUGAUUUCUACAACCCUCAUUUAAAGCCAUCAUUUCCAUAAAACUUCAAUAUUUAUCACUUUUAAAUCUGCAUUUGGCUUUUUUAUUAAUUUUUUUAAACAGACUUCACAACCAGCUCCCAGUAACUUGUUACACAUCCAACAGAAACAGAGCAUUAUGGGUAUUCCUUUGGAUUGCUAUUAGCUUGACUUUCUGUAAUGCCCUCUUGUUUACUUCAUGUCUGAUAGAGUGCAAAGUUGACACUGAAAGCAUUGCUUAAUGGAGCUUCACUCACGCUUUGUGUGGUCUGAAGACACACUUCAUGAGGUCUACACAACAAUCUUCUAAUGUACACUGAUCUGAUGCAGCAGACUGUCAUUUAGUUUGUGUGGACGCUUGCACAGCAGGUCCAACUUGCUGUAAAGAGGUUUUCAAAGAACUGUAAAACAUUAUUUUUUUGUCUGAAAUAAAUAUUUAUUAUGUGUUUCAAAUACAAACAGAGUCUUUCUUUUUUUGACAGCUUAAAAGAAAACGACAGAUAAUUCAAGUUUCGCACAGACUUCUGGAGUGAAGUUGGUGUGAAACGGUCCAG